GAGCGGCCUCUGCCUCGGGGAUCCGCGGGGUCGGGCUGCGGACCGGGGCGUGGCGGGGAUCCUGCCAGGGCAUCCCCCGGGAGGAGUCCCACCCGCCAGCCCGCCAGCCCGCCAGCCCAGCCCCGGGCCACUCCCCUGCCCCACCCCGUCCCCUGGGUUCGGCCGGGGGCGGAGCCGUUCGGUGCCCGCAGGACUUGGUUCGCUGCCCACCGUGUCCCCUCCUGACCUGCGGCGUCCGAAUCAGCCGGGCCCCCAGGCUUGGAGACUAGAUGCCACCAACGCUGCCACUGUCGUGGCUGGGGCAGGUCUCAGGUGGCCAGGAGAGAACAGGGCCCUGUGUCCCAGCCUGAUGCCCUCGGCCACCAGAAGAAAGUGGUGUCAUGGAUAGAUGUGUAUACCCGUGCCACCUGCCAGCCCCGGGAGGUGGUGGUGCCCCUGACUGUGGAGCUCAUGGGCACCGUGGCCAAGCAACUGGUGCCCAGCUGCGUGACGGUGCAGCGCUGCGGGGGCUGCUGUCCUGACGACGGCCUGGAGUGCGUGCCCACCGGGCAGCACCAAGUCCGAAUGCAGGUGCCGGGGCAGAUCCUCAUGAUCCGUUACCCGAGCAGUCAGCUGGGCGAGAUGUCCCUGGAAGAACACAGCCAGUGUGAAUGCAGACCAAAAAGGAGAGAGGGUGCUCUGAAGCCGGACAGGGCUUCCACUCCCCACCACCGCCCCCAGCCCCGCUCCGUUCCGGGCUGGGACCCUGCCCCCGGAGCACCCUCCCCAGCUGACAUCACCCAUCCCACUCCAGCCCCAGGCCCCUCUGCCCACGCUGCACCCAGCGCCACCAGCGCCCUGACCCCAGGACCUGUCGCUGUCGCUGCCGACGCCGCAGCUUCCUCCGUUGCCAAGGGCGGGGCCUAGAGCUCAACCCAGACACCUGCCGGUGCCGGAAGCUGCGAAGGUGACACGUUGCUUUUCAGACUCAGCAGGGCCACUUGCCUCACAGGCUGCUCCCCCCCCCCCCCCGCCCGAGGGGGACAAGAGGGCAACAUGUUGAGAAGAGCCCAGUCCCAAGAUCUCCGCGUGGGCAGAAGCUGCUCCAGGACCUGGGCCUCUCAGAGGACUUCCCAGAUGUCCCGGGUCUCUCCAAGGCUGCCAUCCAACAGGGUGGGCAGCUGGACAAAGAGAUGUUAGGCAGCCCCAGGGGUUGCGGACUAACCCGGGAGAGAAGGGGUCCCAUCUCCGUUUUCACCCACCACGUACAAGUGAGCGUCUCACAGCUGGCUUCUCUGUCGCCUCCCUAAGAAGACACCGAUCCUCCGCACAUACUGGGAGUUGGGCUUCGGUGUGAGAACUGUGAACCCCUGACCCUGAUAAAAGAGAUGGAAGGA